AUGCCUCCAUACUCGGAGCGCCUAUCCGUCGGCUUGCCAAUUCGUGUUUAUCUACGGUCCUCAAGACCUGUCAACCAACCCUCAGACAAUACAGCGAUUUGUGUCGCUUGUGCUGGCACAACCCGUCUCCCCGCCCUCCUGGCACUUGUUGCUAGGCUCUGGCGUCAUUCUGAAACUGUUCCCAAUCCUCGAACCACGAUACACUUUCAUGUAUCCAGUUGGCCAGAUCGCAGAGACGCCAGCUACUCGGACCCCGAUGAUUAG